AUAGAAAAAUUUACAUCGACAUUAUACUGGUGUUGUUAACGAGAAAACAUGAAACUUUUAACAGUAUUUUGUAUAUUCGCUAUUGCCAUUGGAGCAAAUGCCGAUAUUGAUACAGAUGGCUAUACCAACAAGCAGAUAUUCCUUCGUAUUAUAGAAUGCGCUCAAAAAGUAAUAGUAAAAGGUCUUCCCGAAAUUGGCGUACCUCCUCAUGACCCACUCAGAAUUUCAAAAAAUUUCACUUACACUCUAGAUCUAGGCAGUUACAGUAUUGAAGUUGGUGUGGAAAACAUGUACAUGGAAGGUAUACCAUGGUGGGAAGUGAGACAGAUGGACGAUGUAAGUGAGAAAGAAGAAAAUCCUGUCUUCGACUACAAUAUAUACUGGAAGAUGAUGUCCUUCGAGGGCAAAUGGAAAUUUGUCAUUACUGAAACCAAGACCGGCAAUAAAAUGGUUGAUAAUGGUGGAGAUAUUGGUUUUGAGCUUGAUCAUCUCACCUUUGCCGGGAGAUAUAAUUUCUCCAAACCUGAGGAUGACAAAGAAGUAGGUUUUAAUGAUUUGACCCUUCAUUUGCACACGGAAGAAAGUGAGGUGCACUUUGACAACUUGGGCUUGAUAAGUAGCGGUAUACGUCUUCUCGGAGGACCAGCUCUGACAAAAAUCUUCAAUAUGGACCUUUUGACUGACAUUUUGGGCCCAGGAAUCAGAGACAAGUUCAACAAAGACUGGGUCGGAAAACCAGAACGAAUUGUUGCCCUUAUAACUCACUGCGAUGAUUGACGAAUCAAUUAAGUAAUGUAAACCUAUUUACUAUCUAUUCAGUAAUAAAAAGAACGAAAAGAAUUA